UCCCCGCUGGCGGGGCGCGCGCCCGCUCGCGUCUCCACCCGGAAGAGCAGCCUAGGCCGGGAAGUUGAGGCGGUGCGCGGCCCGGUGUCCGCCGAGAGCGCCUGCUGGCCUGAGCCCACUGCUCCAGACCGGCCCAACGGAGCCUGCGCGUCCUCGCGGCCGGCGGCGCUCGAUCGGCACGCGCGCGCGCACGCCCCGCCCCCAGCGGCUCCCGGCGCGCGGGGCCGCGGUGAGGACCUGCCGCCGGGCCGGAGCUGUCCGGGGCCCUCGGCCUUAAGAGCAGCGCGUCCUCGAGGACUUCUGACACUGCGUGUCAGCCAGUAAGUGACGGCCACCGCCUCGUCUCACGGGUACUUGUUUCUCCUGCACUUCGUCCCACGUCUCGCCCACGACUGGUUAGUUCAACAACUGUUCAACUCCGGGACCGGUCAGGCGAGGGAGCUGCCGGGAGCAGAGCCCGGGAGGUGUCAGAGACCUGCCGAGGUGGCGUAGAGCAGGGGCUACGUGCGGAGACCCUCUGAACGAGAAAGAAAGUUUGGAAAGCGCCCUCCGAAAGCGAGUCGAGUCCACGUUUCCUGAGCGCCCGUGCAGCAGCCGAGCGGCCGGGAGGAGUAACCUAGAUUCAAGAUGAAUAACGAUCAAGUCGCACUGGUUGGUCAAGUAUUUGAGUCGUAUGUUUCAGAAUACCAUAAGAAUGAUAUUCUUCUAAUCUUGAAGGAAAGAGAUGAGGAUGCUCAUUACCCAGUUGUGGUUAAUGCUAUGACCCUUUUUGAGACCAACAUGGAAAUUGGGGAAUACUUCAAUGUGUUCCCCAAUGAAGUACUUACUAUUUUUGAUAGUGCACUGCGAAGGUCAGCCUUGACAAUUCUCCAGUCCCUUUCUCAGCCUGAAGAUGUUUCCAUGAAGCAGAAUCUUCAUGCCAGGAUAUCAGGUUUGCCUGUCUGUCCUGAGCUGGUGAGGGAGCACAUACCUAGAACCAAGGAUGUGGGACACUUUUUAUCUGUCACUGGGACAGUGAUUCGAACAAGUCUGGUGAAGGUCCUAGAGUUUGAGCGGGAUUACAUGUGUAACAAAUGCAAGCAUGUAUUUGUGGUCAAGGCUGACUUUGAGCAGUAUUACACCUUCUGCCGACCAUCCUCAUGCCCCAGCUUGGAGAGCUGCAAUUCCUCUAAAUUCACUUUCCUCUCAGGCUUGUCUUCAUCUCCAACCAGGUGUAAAGAUUACCAGGAAAUCAAAAUUCAGGAGCAGGUUCAAAGGCUGUCUGUUGGAAGUAUUCCACGAUCUAUGAAGGUUGUCCUGGAAGAUGACUUAGUAGACAGUUGCAAAUCUGGUGAUGACCUAACUAUUUAUGGGGUUGUAAUGCAACGGUGGAAGCCCUUUCAGCAAGAUGUGCGCUGUGAAGUGGAGAUAGUUCUGAAAGCCAAUUAUAUACAAGUAAAUAACGACCAGUCCUCGGGCAUCCCCAUGGAUGAGGAGGUCCGAAAGGAAUUUGAAGAUUUUUGGGAAUGCUAUAAGAGUGAUCCCUUUGCAGGAAGGAAUGAAAUACUGGCCAGCUUGUGCCCUCAAGUAUUUGGGAUGUAUCUAGUAAAGCUUGCUGUGGCCAUGGUGCUGGCUGGUGGGAUUCAAAGGACUGACGCCACAGGAACACGGGUCAGAGGUGAAUCUCAUCUCUUAUUGGUUGGGGAUCCUGGUACAGGGAAAUCUCAAUUCCUGAAAUAUGCAGCAAAGAUUACACCAAGAUCUGUGCUGACCACAGGAAUUGGAUCUACAAGUGCAGGUCUGACGGUAACUGCUGUAAAAGACUCAGGAGAGUGGAAUUUGGAGGCUGGUGCACUGGUGCUUGCAGAUGCAGGCCUUUGCUGUAUUGAUGAGUUUAACAGCCUCAAAGAGCAUGAUAGAACCAGUAUCCAUGAAGCAAUGGAGCAACAAACCAUAAGUGUUGCCAAAGCUGGCCUUGUGUGCAAGCUGAACACAAGGACCACCAUCCUGGCAGCGACUAACCCUAAAGGCCAGUACGACCCCCAAGAGUCUGUGUCUGUGAACAUUGCCCUCGGCAGCCCACUCUUAAGUCGAUUCGACCUGAUCCUGGUUUUACUUGAUACCAAGAAUGAAGACUGGGACCGUAUAAUUUCCUCCUUUAUCUUAGAAAAUAAAGAUUAUCCAAGCAAAUCAGAGAAGCUCUGGAGCAUGGAAAAGAUGAAAGCCUACUUCUGCCUCAUUAGGAAUAUACAGCCCUCACUGUCUGACGUGGGUAACCAAGUUCUUCUGCGGUACUACCAGAUGCAAAGGCAGAGUGAUUCCCGGAACGCUGCCCGGACCACCAUCCGCCUGUUGGAGAGCUUGAUACGAUUAGCAGAAGCUCAUGCCCGUCUGAUGUUUCGUGACACGGUGACUCUGGAAGAUGCUAUUACAGUGGUGUCAGUAAUGGAGUCCUCGAUGCAGGGAGGUGCACUGCUAGGAGGUGUGAAUGCUCUCCACACUUCCUUUCCUGAAAACCCCCGGGAGCAGUACCAGAGGCAGUGUGAACUCAUUCUGGAAAAGCUGGAGCUGCAGAGCCUCUUGAGUGAAGAGCUUAGAAGACUUGAAAGGUUACAGAAUCAGAGCGUGCACCAAUCUGAACCACAGGUUAUGGAGGCAGAGACUACGUUAGGAUCCUCGAGAAAGGAUCCAGGGGAAGAAUCAAAUUUCAGAACAUCGGCACAGCAGGAAAUGAAUUGUAGCAUGGAGGCCUCCUCUGCUGGAGGCAGUCCUGGGGCAAGCCCACUUCUAGACCCCCCACCCCUUCUAGGGCCUAAUGGAUCAACAAGGAAAAAACAUUCAGCUGAGCCCAAAAAUAGCAGAGAUGACAGUUUGGACUGGUUUGACUUCAUGGCAACUCAUCACUCUGAACCUAAAAACACUGUUCUUGUGUCUCCUGAUCCCAAAACAACUGAGGAAAAUAUGGCUUUAAAGAUCUCUAAUAACAAAUCUCAAGGUAAGGAAAAGAGUGAACCAGGCCAAAGGAACAAAGUGGAAGCUGGGCAGUUUCCAUCACCAGUAGAGACAGAUGCUCCGUGGAGGCCAGACAAUGUGAAGGGUCAAAGGGCAAAAUGCACAGCACCAGUGUCAGAACCAGCAGCACCUGCUGAUGAACCGGACUCGGUACUGACUCAUCAUGCCUCUAGGAGACUGCAUAAGCUGUGCAGGGAGAGGGCCGAGAAGUUAUACAGAAAUACCACCAGGGUACCUUCCCAGUCUACAGUCCCUUCUGAUCCUCAAUCCAUUCCUGUACAUAGCCCAGAAAGAACACUGGAAACUCCCAAAAGAAAAAGACUGAAAUCCCUUGCUCAAGCAGAACGACUUGAACUUGAAAGUGUUGAGACUCCAGUUCCCCCUGUGGCCAAACUGGCAAAAUUUACUUUCAAACAGAAGUCGAAACUGAUCCACUCCCCUGAAGACCACAGCCAUGUGUCUCCUGGCACAACGGAAAUAGCAGUUCAUAGUCCUAAAAUUUCCCAGCGUAGAACAAGAAAAGAAGCAGUUCUGCCUGUGAAAGGUUCAGAAAAGUUGACAUCUACUUCAGGAAACAGCUCAGAUCAUCCACAGGGUAAGACAAAGGAGGUGUCAGAGCAGCCACCAGAGAAAGCUGGGUCAAUAGAGAAGAGGGAAUGUGCCCCUGAGAAGAGAGCUAUUCAGCGUGGAUCCGAGUUUGGAAACCAGACUGGGCGUGCUCGUCUUACUUGCGAGAGAGACGAAAAGGGAGAGGUUUCAUGCAAUUAUAAAAGCAGCAAAGUUCAUGCUUGCACAUUAGCCAAAUUGGCAAACUUCUCCUUUACUUCCCCAUCAGAAUCCAAAUCAGAAUCCCCUCCUCCUCCUGAAAGGAAGGACUGCAGUGAGAGAGGUCCAAGCCCUCCUCCCACAGCCACAGCUCCAGUGCUUGGCAGUAAGAGGAAAUCUUUUCAGCUCCAGGGGUCCACCGAGAAACUGACUCUUUGCAAAACUCUCUUCACUUUAUCAGAACUAGAUGAUGAAACAUUAGAUUUUGACUGGGAUGAAGAGAUGAGAAAAAAGCCAUAAUUAUGAAAAGCUUUCUGGUCAAAUUUCACCUUCCACAACUCAGCGCAGCCCCUCAGGGUAUCAGCGUGCUACUUACAAAUGUACAGAACCGUUGGCCAUAUUGAGUACCAUUCUGAACAGCAGCUCCCC